AUGAUCACACUCUUUGUCGCUCUUUCUUUCUUAACGUCAGCAAAACCUUCUAACAUCAAGGAGCUUCAAGUUCAAAAAGUAAAGCAUGGAGAAAAUGUUUCUAUAAAAUGUGAUGACUUGUCCAUGGAUAAAAAUAAAUUAGUUUGGUUCAAACAGAGUUUUGGAAAGGUUCCUCAGUCGGUAGGGAGAGGAGGGGAGAGCUCAUUCAGACCCGGUGAAGGAUUUAAUGAUGGACGCUUCAGUAUUAGUGUAAAUAAAAAACUGCUUAAUCUCAACAUUAAAGAAAUCAAAGAAGAGGAUACAGGAGCAUAUUUCUGUGCAGAAUUGCUGGUAUCUUCACUACACUUUAGAUCUGGAACCCUUUUGGUUGUUGAAGCUGAGGAGAAGAAACAGUAUCCUCCGACUGUAACGGUGAUGGAGAACGGAGAGUCGCUCACACUCCAGUGUUCAGUACAAGCGUUUACUUCAAGCUGUGAAGAACAGAGUGUGUACUGGUUCAGACACGGCUCAGGAGAAUCUCAUCCAGGAAUCAUUUACACUCAUGGAGACGGCAGUGAUGAGUGUAAGAAGAGCUCUGAGGCUGGUUCUCCUACACAGAGCUGUGUCUACACUCUCCCCAAGAGGAAGCUCACAACCUCUGAUAAUGGAACGAUCUACUGUGCUGUGGCUGCAUGUGGACAAAUCCUCUUUGGGAAUGGAAUUAAAGUGGAACUAAAAAGUAAGCAAGACUCUACUGAUCAGAUGUAUGUGCUGUUCUGGCUCUCCGUUUGUAGAGUUGGAGUUCUUGCCUUCACGCUUAUUAUCUUUACAAUAAUUAUUUGCAAAUUAAGAACGAUGAUCACACUCUUUGUCGCUCUUUCUUUCUUAACGUCAGUGAAACCUUCUAACAUCAAGGAGCUUCAAGUUCAAAAAGUAAAGCUUGGACAAAAUGUUACUAUAAUAUGUGACGAUUUGUCCAGUGAUAAAAAUAAUUUAGUUUGGUUCAAACAGAUUUUUGGAAAGGCUCCUCAGUGGGUAGGGAGAGGAGGGGAGAGCUCAUUCAGAGCCGGUGAAGGAUUUAAUGAUGGACGCUUCAGUAUUAGUGUAAAUAAAAAUCUGCUUCAUCUCAACAUUAAAGAAAUCAAAGAAGAGGAUACAGGAACAUAUUUCUGUGCAGAAUUGCUGGCAUCUUCACUACACUUUGGAUCUGGAACCCUUUUGGUUGUUGAAGCUGAGGAGAUGAAACGGCAUCCUCCGACUGUAACGGCGAUGGAGAACGGAGAGUCGCUCACACUCCAGUGUUCAGUACAAGCGUUUAAUUCAAGCUGUGAAGAACAGAGUGUGUACUGGUUCAGACACAGCUCAGGAGAAUCUCAUCCAUCAAUCAUUUACACUCAUGGAGACGGCAGUGAUGAGUGUAAGAAGAGCUCUGAGGCUGGUUCUCCUACACAGAGCUGUGUCUACACUCUCCCCAAGAGGAAGCUCACAACCUCUGAUAAUGAAAUGUUCUACUGUGCUGUGGCUGCAUGUGGACAAAUCCUCUUUGGGAAUGGAAUUAAAGUGGAGGGAAUUCAACUAAAAGAUAAUAAGCUUUGGAUUGUUUUGGUUUUAACAACCUCCAAUAUAAUGUCUGUUAUUGUAAUCAUGGUUCUGGUUGGAGUUUUACUUAAAAAACAAAGAAAAGGGGCUUCCGACGACCAUCCAAAUAACACAAAUCAGGCUGAUGAUGAAGAUGUCUUGAACUAUGCAGCUGUGAGUUUUGCUAAGAAACCUUCAUCCUCCAGAACAUCCAGAGGCAAGAACCAUGAAGAUGUUUAUGCACAAGUUAAAAUAAAUUAGAUAAAGCGAAAUGAAUUCAGACUUGAAACACAACCAAAAUGUAAUUAUUCACUCAUUUGCAGAAGGUAGUUUCAUAUUUUAAUUGGACCAAAACUAGAUUUAUUGCUGUGAAUCGAGCCGUUCCCAUGGUAACUGCUAUGAAUAUACGAUUUUGCUUUAGUUGAUUAAGACUGAAGCUUCUUUUUAUUUGUGAUCAGAAAGUGAUAUCCUUACACAAUUAUAGUCUUUGAAAUGUUGUAAUUAGCCUUUCAUUUACUUCGAUCAGCUCCUAUUUAAAUUAUAUUCUGCUGUUUUACCUAAAAUAAAAAAAACCUUACAUUUGGGAUGUUUUCUCAGCAUUUUCUUUUAAAAUAGUGAACAUGAUUUCCAGAAUUGAAAGAAAAUCUUUUGUUUGAUUUAAACUACCUGUAUCAACAUUCACGUCUCACCUUAGGAUUUUUAUUUUUUAUUUUUAUUUAUUUAUUUUUUUGCUUUGAAACAUGGGAGGUUUAAGGGGAUAAAUCUGUGGAUAUUUUAAUUAUUGUAAAUGAGCUACAACAUCUUUCCCAAUUGUAGUGAGUACAUCAGUAAAUAUAACACACGUUUACGCAUUUUAACUUACACAAGUUUCUAUAAAUAUUAAGGAGUUUUUAAGUGAAAGAAGGCUGAAUAUAAAGAUGAGUGGUUACUGCGUUACUUAUUCGACUGCUUACUCUGAAAUUAAAUUCCAGAUACUAAAUUUUAAUACGGAUUAAAAAUGUGUUUUAAUGAC